GUUUAGCGAGAGCUUACUGGCAGUUACGAAAUUUACGAAUUUCAACGUUACGGGUUUAUUUAUAUAUAAUACAUUAUUUGUAUUAAAUUAUUUAUAGUUAAGUAACUCUACACAAAUAUAAAUAUCUCAUAGUUAAAGUGAUUUUCAAACUCAGUGUUGUUGAAACGUUAAAAGUCAACAAGGUGUUGUUACGUUACUUUUGGCGGCAUCACCGAAGCCACCGAAAUAGAUUUCCUUGUGCAAUAAUCACCGCGUAUCAGUGAUCCAAUGAACUAAUCUGCAUUUGGACCGGUUCUCACAAAUAGGUCACGGUUUUCGAAGAUGUCGAAAAGGUGAUAUCGUGAAAUUUUGGUGUCGCACGUUUACCAGAGAUGGAGGGCUCAACCGUUAGUGGAUUGCGGUCAAGGUCGCGCUCGAAAACACCCUUUUUGCGAUCGAGCUGCGACCAUGAGCAUUGCACGGAGACAGAGGAGCACACCCACAAGUCGGGGCGGAAAACACCCAUCAAAAGAAGUACCCCUAUCAAGCACCUACAACAAACCACAUCAAAAACAACAGAAGUGAUAACAGAAGAAUCAGAGGAGCUGGUGUCUCCGCCCGCCGCUCGGACCAGACAGUCAAUGAAGGCUGCUGACCUGAUCAAAACCUCAGAUUACUCCUCCGAAGAGAGCCUGGACAGGCUCAGAGGGCACAGGAAGGAGAUAUUCCAGAACGAGGUGAACAGCCAGUAUGAACGAGUAUCCACCACCAGCCGGUACCAGACGCUGGCGGACCUCACGCUCAGCCCCAUCCAUGCCGCCAACAUCACCGCCGACCGAUCGACGCGUUUCAGCAGCCCGGCGCACAGCGCGUGUUCCACGGACAGCUCGUUCGCCGAGCAGGCCCUAGCGGACGCCACCUGCCUCCUGGACCGCGACCCCAACCGGGAACACCUGCCUUACCGCCUGUACAAGAUGGCCGGCGAGUACUGGAAUAAAUACCCCAAGACGGACUACACGUACUCCCCCCUCUCCAAGGACCGCGUGGAACUGGCGCCGGGGCAGGUGGCCGUCCCCAACAUGUCGCGGAGGUCGCUGUCGCAGUUCCGCGUGCAGGGGCCCAACACCACCGUGGAUGAGGUGGACGUGGCGGCCUGGAGCAGCGGCUGCAGGAAGAGAUACACCUCAAUAGACAGCUCGGACGACGAGUCGUACUACCGCGGCAACGGCGGCUACGCCCCCGUCGACCAGCGCUGGUGGCUCACCCGCCUGCUGGUGACCAUCGUCACCACCGUCACCACCACCGUGACCAACACCUACCGCAGCGUCGUCGGCCCGUCGCACCGCUACCCGUACACGGAGCGGAGACCGCAGCAAGCCGGCAUACUGUCCCGGAGCGCGUCCGCGGUCGCGACGCCUUUCUACUGGAUGUACACCGCCAUCAAGAGCGCCGUCACCACCACCGUCACUACCGUUACUGAAACCUUGUCACCUAGCGCAGCAGCCGUGAGCAGCAGCAGCAGCAGCAGCAAGCGCAGCGCGCGACACGUGGAGAACAAGCGGCGCUGGUGGCCGUGGCUGCUCCUACUGUUGCUGCCACCACUGGGAUAUGGAUGUUACAAUUAUUCGGAGUACAUAAUGCCUCAAGAAAUAAAAGACACGUACAAACCUCCCGUCAUACUCCAAGACUCAGACUUGACCAGAAGAGUCGCCGCUCUAGAAGACUGGGCGCUCAACGUCGACACCAGACUCAAAUACUUCGACCAAAAAUUAUCAAAGUUCGACAACCUCGAACAACAAAUUGAACAAUACUCAAUAAAAUAUCUACAGAACAAUCUAGUCCAAAUAAUCAACGCCGACGGGAACAGCGAAGCCGUCGCUGCAAAAUUAAAGAAUUAUUUCGAUAACCAUUACGUUACCAAAGAACAGAUGCAAAAAAUGAGCAUAGAGAUACAUGAGCGGCUCAUAUCUUCAUGGAAACCUGAGAUGGACGAGGAUAAGAUAAGAUCGUUAAUCCAGGAGUAUCUGUCGGUGUUCGAGAGGCGGCAGAUGGAGGUGAUCGUGGAGAGGUUCAAGGAGUACGUGAGGGAGGUGGAGGUGAGGAGGGAGGGAGGAGGAGGGGAGUUUGACGCGGAGGCGGUGAGGAGGAUCGUGGCCGGGAUGCUGGACGUGUAUGACGCGGAUAAGACUGGGCUGGUGGACUACGCGCUCGAGUCCGCAGGCGGACAAGUGGUAUCAACAAAAUGCACGGAGCUGUACCAAAUAAAGACAAAGCAAUAUUCAGUGCUGGGCCUGCCGGUGUGGUGGGUGUACACGUCGCCGCGGUUCGCGCUCACCCCGGGGGCCAUGCCCGCGGAGUGCUGGGCCUUCCAGGGCUUCCCCGGGUACCUAGUGGUCCGCACGUACGCCGUGGUGGAGGUGACGGGCUUCUCCUUGGAGCACAUGUCGCGCCUGCUCGCCGUCGACGGCAAGAUCGAAUCCGCACCCAAAAACUUCUCCGUCUAUGGUCUCCACGGCGAGCAAGACCCAGAGCCGCACCUGUUCGGCAACUACAUGUACGACGCGAACGGCACCGCCAUACAACACUUCCCCGUGCAGUUCCCCAAGCUCACGGACAUCGGCGGCGUCCACUACCCCGUCGCCUACGACAUCAUAGAGCUCAGGGUCGAGAGCAACCAUGGCAACCCCACCUACACGUGUGUCUACAGGUUCAGGGUCCACGGAAACCCCCUGUCCGACAUCCGCGCGGCCACCGAGGACAGCAUACGCGAGAGCGAGACGUAGCGAUUGCUCUCACUCUGGGGCUGGAGCGAACGGAAGUGUACAAACUGACCGACUGAAAGUAGUGUUGUGAGUUGCUAAAAACAAUGUGUGUAGGAUGAGUGACUUCAAGAUCAAUAUUGAAGGCGUUGAUGAAUCAAAUGAACAUGUUACUGAAAGUGUAAUUGAUAGGUCGUCAGUGUAAGUUUUGGUUAAAAGUCAAUUUGCCGAGUAGUUUAAAUCAUGGUGGCAGCGCCAUCUCUCUCGCUAUACCGUAAUCCAGGAUUCGUAUAGGGGGUGAAAGCACGUACUACUCGCCCUUAGAGUUGGUCAAGCCUUUCAAAGAUAGCAUAUAGAAUUUUGGACGGGUACCGCCGUGGCCGGGUGGUCGGGACGGUAGCUGAAGACGCGGGUUCGAUUCCCGCCUCGGCCACCGGUGGACUUGGUCACUUUUUCUUUAGUGUAUGAUAUCUAUUUCAGUUUAUAGUUUAAAUCAUCAUCAGAAAACAACAAGGAAAUUUAAGAGAUGAAAACUACGUAGUUAUUAUGUAUGCUAAAAUGGCAUUUCCUGGCGAAAUGUAAUUAAAGACCAAGUCGAGUAAUUUAAAGGGGAAGCUACUAAGCAAUGGUCACAUGAAUUCACUGUGCUUCUCUAUUUUUACAAGCUUUUAUUUAACUUGACAUGUGCCUAUGUAACUUACUUUUUUAAUCAUGCAAACCAUUUUUAACCACUUCCUGAUAUCAGAUGAAGCUGAAAAUUUGCAUACAUAUGUAAGUCGGGUGACAAUGCAAUAUUAUGGUACCGUCGAGCUGAUCUGAUGAUGGAGACAGGAGGUGGUCAUAGGAACUGUGAUAAAACAACGCAGCCUAAUUGUGUUUGGGGUUUUUAGAAUUGUCUCAAUGAGUAUUAGUUGCCUGUAGAAGAAUACAGUCAGCGAUAAAAGCUUGUACCAAAAAUGUUUUUUUUUUUUUGCCAAAAA